GUGGUCCUGAAAAUAUCUACAGCGCUUUCACGAAGACUCGAGGCUAAGGCGUGAACAAACGAGUCGUAUAUCUUUUCACCGAGCAAGUUUGUUCAAACUCUACAUUUACUUUCUAAAAAAGAAAGCAUAUGCACUAGUAACGAGAGUAAAAAGAGUGUCCAAUCGCAAAGUUCGAAGAACAAAGAGCAAAAGUGCGUUGCACCACGUCACGCCUGGGAUCCCGGUGCAUCACCAUUUUCCACACUCCUAACCUGCAUGGUCAUGAUUCGGUGCCAACAAGUAUCAAGAGCCCCAGUUGUGCUUUUCUUCUUCUUGUUCAGUCUUAAAUUUGAGCCCACAAGCAGCAUCCCUGUGACUGGACACAAAGUGGGCAAUCGAUAUGAACCCUCCUCUCCUGCACGUACACUGCCUCAGAUUCAGUUCACCCAAACCGGAGGUGUUCCAGAGACACUGAAUGAAGAGGAGGAUGAACUUUUCAAAGAUGUUGACCCAAAAACCCUAGCAGCAGUCCUCCUAGAAGCCCUCAACAAGCCUCAGGAGGUAAUGAGAGAACAAGAUAAGAAAGGGGGAGAGAAAAACAAGGCAGAAGAGGACAGAGAGACUCAGAGUUUUGACAGAGAGAGUAAUGGAUAUCAGGAGCUGGAACUGGUGCGAGCAGCUGCUGAAGCACAGGGCAGAGAAGAGAGAGAAAGGGAACAGGAUGAGGAGAGGAAGAGGGAGGAGGAAGAAGAAGAACGCCUCACGGAAAAGGUGACCAGUCGUACCACAAGUCAAACAGUGCCUGUAAAAGAACAGGAAGUAGUUGCAAAGGAGGUUGCAAGCAAGCAAGAACAGCAAGAAACAGAGGGAGCCACUGAUGGGAACAAGGAUGAGCAGCUGAGUCCAGAAGAGUUGAAGAACCUGGAAACCAUGUUAGAGGAGUUUCAGAGCUACACUACAGCCAUGAAAAGAGAACGUGAUUCCUCAUCUGGCCAGAGAGAGAGUCGUGGUGAUUACUUUGACUAUCUGGAUCGUAAUGGCCUCAUGAACAAUGAGAUCAAGCCCAAACCUAAGGGUUAUGACUUGGCUUUGUCUAAGAAGAAGCUUAAGUGGCAACAAGAGCAGGAAAAGAACAGUAAUCGGCCAUUGGGAGGAAACUUUAUGGAUGAUUUUAAUGAUAAUAUUGAAGACCAAGAACAGGAAAAUGGAGAGGAUGAAGAUGAACUGCUGAGUCCAGAAGAAGAAGAAGCUAGGGCUAAAGCUGAACAGGAAGAGGUGCGCAGACAAGCAGCUGAGGCCCAGAGAGCCAAGGCAGAAGAAGAGAAGCUUGCAGAUAUUGCAUCAGAUAUGAUCUUGCAAUACAUGGUCAAGCAAGAUGGUAAAAAGUACCGGGGCAAUAAUGCUGCAGAAGAUAAACGCUCAGAGGAAGAUGGUGCUAAUGAUGAUGAUGAUAUUGACCCCCAAACAAUUGACAAGUUGAUAGAGAUCUCCAGUAAGCUCCACCUGCCUGCUGAUGAUGUGGUAGAUAUAAUCAGUGAUGUGGAAAAGAAGAAAAAAAAAGACGCUCCUGAAACUCUGCAAUGGCAACGACCUCUUGUACCUCCUCCAGCACCUGAUGUCUCAUCUACAGUCUUAAGAACAUCACCACCCUCAAAACCACCCAAGCCUAACACAAAUCUGCUGAAAUCAUGGUUCAAGGACAGGGCUCCUAUUAAGCCCAAUCAACAAAAUUUUUGGAUCAAGCAACAGUGGCCCUUUUGGACCUACCCCUCCUAUCGGCGCUAUCAAAAGCCCUACAGUAGUUAUUACACCAUCUACAUCCCACCUCCUAAAGCUAAACCACGCUAUUAUGCCAAACCCUCCUACUCCCUUAAUGACAUUCUGGGGAAUUCAUUGGACUAUGAGUUUGAUUACCCUCUGAAACAAAGGUAUAAUCCCUGGACACAAAGUCGUCCAAGGGCUCCUCUGGCUUUCCAGCGGAACCUCUACAUCCCUAACUAUAUUGUCCCUCAACCCCGGACUUUCAAAGCCAUACCCAUGCCCAAACCCCGGUCACCCCUGCGUCAUCGGCCUGCUUUCUAUUACUCACCCACAGCUUCUGUAAUUGCCCCACAGGAUGGCUAUUAUAGCCAGGUGGAACAGCCACAACCAGACAGCAAUGAGGAGCUAGGGAACUUCAUUGAGAAGGUUUUCCUGAAACGUCCCCGCAUGUUUCAGUGAAGGUGUAGAUAGCGAGAAAAAUAAAGGAGGAAAUGUAGGUGAGCAAGAAGAGUACAACUGUGAGACUGUUUUUGCCACAUAUUUUGGUUUCAUAUUCAGAAAUAAGUUUAUCCAGUCUAAUUUACCUGUCCUUCCCUCUUCAGUUAAAUUGAAAAAAAAAAAAGCCUGAAGACUGGUGACUGUUGCCAUUUUCUCCCUUCCUCAUCUAUUCCCCUCCUCCCCUACAUAUACUGAUAGACAGUGGAAAUGAAGUGAAGAAAGGUGUUUUUGUCAAUUAUGUGGGGGUACACACAUGACUCAAAUACCCAACUACAGUCCUAAAAUUUUCCACAAUUCCAGAAGGCCUUUCAAAAACAGAGGAAGACAAAAAUACAAUAGGACAUCUUUUGUAAGCCUUAUAUUUUAUUAUUUUUUAUCAUUUAUAAUGUUCAGAAGUCUUUUAAACCAUGUAGUCAUUUUCUCUAAUUAUGAAAAACAGCAAAAAUAUUUAAAAUCUGAAUCUUAAUAUCUGAAAUAUUAAGUGCCAUAUGCUUUAGAAAUGUUCAGGUUUGGCUCAUCCUACCCAUCAAAUGUCUUAAGUGUACCUAGUAGUAUUGUGACACACUUGGUCCUGUACAUAGAAUGAAUUGUCUAUAGGCUGACAUUUUCUUUUCUUUUUGGGGUGUUUUUAACAUUGUUUUUCUACACAGAACAUUGCUGAACACAGUUGGUGCAAAGAAUGCUCAUACAUUCCAAAUAUUUCUAAGAUAAGCUUUUUCAUAUAAGCUGUUUUGAGAGCAGUUAUUUAUUGCCUUAUUUCCCCUUUAAGACUAGCAGCAUUUUUGUCAUAGAUGGGUUGGCAGGACUAUAUUAAUUACUAUAAUUAAUUAUUAAUUAUAAAUUAAUAAUUUAAUGUGAAUUUGUCUCCAAAUGUCCUUAUUAAUCAUAAAGGUAUGAUUAUAAAGGUUUGUUUCAUGUUAAAUUAUACUAGAAAUCUAUGGAUUUAAUGGUAAAAAUGGACAGAGUAUGAGUUGUCAAUGCAACACAAAAAAAACAUCUUAAUAUGCACUUAAUUACCUACUUGUGUUUAUAACUUUGUGUAUCUAAGUUGAAAAAAGGCAUUGACAAUCUUUUAAUUGAAAUCAAUCCCUAAUGUCCCUUAAUCAACAGUUAACUUUACACAAAGUUUAGUAUUUGGUACCAGAACCACAAUUCUGGGUAAGGUCAGACUUAACACUGCAGAACAAAGUGGAUAGUGCACAGGAAGUGCAUGAAAACAUAUAGAGGCACUUAAAACUAUCCUUUAGAGAUAAGGGACACUGCAAACAACAACAUUUCUUCACCACUCAUAACUUCACAGAGAAGUCAAACAAAGAAAUGUUGAAAAGAUUCAGUGCUGAAAUAUGAACAACAAUUUAAGUACCCAAAUAGUGUGAUACCUUACCCAUAAGGACAGUGAGGGAGAUACAUAAUGAUUAGAAAAGAUAAGAAAACGGGGAGGUGCUUGACAUUCUAAUUAAUUUAAGCAAGCUGUGGAUUGAGUGAUGGACAUAGAGAAGACAAGUGUCUGCACGUUUAUGUGAACUUGCAUCUAAAAUGUGUUUCUUCUCUGAAGACAUUAUGAGCAUUAAAAAAAGUAUAAAAAAAAAUACAAAAGACAAAUGUUUAGUAUAUCAGAGUUUAAAAAACCCUGUCAAGUCUUGUAUAAAGAAAAUCGGCUGUUUGUCAGUUCUAGAUGUAUCUUGUAUGUACCUUAAUAAACAUGCGUUUGCUGGAUGUAAAUAAUCGCAUGUUGAUGACUAGUUUUGCUACACAGAGAUCAUUCAAUAAAAUUUGCUAUUUUUUAUUAA